AUGUUGUUUAGGGUUUGUUCUGAUAAUAGGUUGUUUCAAGAGGCGGUUAGGGUUUUUGAUUAUGUGGAGGAAAAGGGGUUCGUGAUAGAGGAGAGGUCUUGUUUUGUGCUUUUGCUUGCUUUGAAGAGAUGUGGUGAGAUUGAGUUGUGUCUUAGAUUCUUCCGCCGGAUGGUUGAGUCUAAUGGAAUUGAAAUUAGGGUUCAGUCUUUGACACUUGUGAUUGAUGGCUUGUGUAAGAGAGGAGAGGUUGAGAAAGCUAAGGAGUUGAUGGAUGAGAUGGUCACUAAAAGCAUUGUGAAACCGACUGUGUUUACUUACAAUACGUUGUUGAAUGCGUAUGUUGGAAGAAAGGAUCGAAGUGGAGUUGGUGAGAUACUGAGGUUGAUGGAGAAGGAGCCGGUUGUUUUUAGUGUGGCGACUUAUAGUAUUUUGAUUCAGUGGUAUUCUAGUUCUGGUGAUAUUGGGGAAGUGGAGAAGAUAUUCGAGGAAAUGCGUGAAAGAAAAAUAGAAAUUGAUGUUUAUGUUUAUUCGUCCAUGAUAAGUUGGAAUUGUAGGUUGGGAAAUAUGAAAAGGGCAUUUGCGUUGUUUGAUGAGAUGGCUCAGAGAAAUGUUGCUCCUAAUGCACAUACUUACGGCGCGUUGAUUGGUGGUGUGUGUAAGGCUGGUCAAAUGGAAGUUGUGGAAAUCUUGUUGGAAGAGAUGCAAAGUAAGGGAAUUGACCUAAAUAUGAUAAUAUUUAACACGAUGAUAGAUGGCUACUGCAAAAGAGGAAUGAUGGAUGAAGCUUUGAGGCUGCAAACAAUCAUGGAAAGGAAAGGAUUCAAUGCAGAUGUGUUUACAUUCAACAUUCUUGCAAAUGGGCUAUGUAAAUUGCAUAGUAGGAUUACUAAUUCCUAUCUUGCAGCAAAGUUCCGUAAUAGCGGACAAACAUGUGUAUGUGCAAAUAGAAUUCUUGUGCAAGAAGGUAUAUAUGACAAGUUUGCAAAUGCAUUGCUUGAUGCUGUUCAGAGUAUGAAAGUUGGAGAUGGUUUUAGUGAAGAGGCUAAAGCCUUGGGGAUGGCUCUCGGCGUCUCUUGUUUGAAUGGGAUUGAAGAAGCUGAAGCACAGUGUACUUUGUUGAACUCUGAAUCAUUAUGCGAUGGGGAUGGUAUCUCAUUGCCAUGA